GGCCCCUUCGCCGUGGCCCCGCCCCACCCCUGUCUUUUACUCCGGGGGAACCCGUGCCUCUUUCUUUUCCCCACACCAUGGCGGACCGGUUCCAUAAGGUUCUGGUAAUCGAUGGCCGAGGCCACCUCCUCGGCCGGCUGGCCGCUAUUGUGGCGAAGCAAGUACUGCUGGGCCACAAAGUUGUAAUUGUGAGAUGUGAGGGCAUCAACAUCUCCGGUAACUUCUACCGCAACAAAUUGAAGUACCUGGCUUUCCUGCGCAAGAGGAUGAACACGAACCCCUCUCGCGGACCCUAUCAUUUCAGAGCUCCCAGCAGGAUCUUCUGGAGGACAGUCAGAGGUAUGCUUCCCCACAAAACCAAGAGGGGUCAGGCAGCUCUGGAGAGGCUGAAGGUGUUUGAUGGCAUUCCCCCUCCUUACGACAAGAGGAAGCGCAUGGUGGUCCCAGCUGCUCUUAAAAUUGUACGCCUGAAGCCCACCCGCAAGUUUGCCCUUCUCGAUCGUCUGGCCCAUGAGGUUGGCUGGAAAUACCAGGCCAUCACAGCCACCCUUGAGGAGCGCAGAAAGGAGAAGGCCAAGAUCCGCUACACCAAGAAGAAGGCCCAGAUCAAGCUGACCAAACAGGCAGAAAAGAACGUCGAGGGCAAGAUCAACAAAUACACCAACAUUCUGAAGCAGUAUGGUGUGCUGGUCUAAACUGGCUCUGAGGUUCAUCAGAAUAAAUGUUUAUAGAAACUA